GUUCGAUAUUGCUAUCGAGUACAGUCGAUACAAGCGUAGAAAUUAUUGUCUUCUUCAAAUAAAUCACCGGGAAAAGCAGAAAUCGGUAUUUCGGUCUUUAGUUGGAGGUAAAUCGUUUUUCGAUGGGUCUCUUGAGGGUUUCUACUCCAGAGGAGCUGUUUGUUAACCCUUUUUCACCGGUUUUUGGGCGAUUUACGUUUUUGUAUCGACCAGACUGUACACAAUUCCUCAGAUCUUCUGUGGAUUGUAGCACAGAAAUUGACAAUGCUCAACGCCCAUUUUUCAUUGUUACAAUGAAACAAUUUAUCCGAAAUUGGUGAUUAAUUUGUGAAUGAGGACAGUGGAUAUAUCAGAAGGUGUAUGUGGGUAGAAAAAUAAUUCAGGAAAGUGGUGGACUGUUAUGAGUUGUGAAAUUCGGUGAAAAGACAGUGGACAAAAGAUUUCCACGGACUGUACAGCUGAUGGACUUUUAUUGACUGAUGGGAACGUGAUAAAUAUUCAAUUUUUGUGAGUUAUUUUUGAGAUUAUUCUUUAAAAAUAUGAAUUUAAGAUUUAAUACAUACGCCUGUGAUUCCGUGAUUUCUGCGUUUUGUGAUUCGUGACAUGACAAUUGUGGGGGGAGGGUUCAAAUAAAUAAAUUCUCGGAUUGCAAGUGAUGAGUUAGUGAUCCUGUAGAAGAGGAAAUUGUGAAGAUGGGAAAGACUAGAGGAGUUCAUGAGACAACUCCAGAGUUGAGAAAUCGAAUGGUAGGAAUGUAUGAGGCUGGACUAGGGCUGCGUGAGAUCGCAGCAGCAAUUAACUGUUCACAAAGAACAGUGAAACGCUGGUUGAACCGCUUCGACAAGGAAGGCACAGUGGAGACUAGAGAGCGAUGCGGUAGAAAACGAGCGACAACAAGCGAACAGGACGAUGCAAUCGUUCGUUUAGCAACCCAGACACCAAUAACAGCAGCAAAAGCAGUGUUACCAGCCCUGGGGCUCAACUGCUCAGUCGACACAAUCAGAGAACGCCUGCACAAGGCAGGAAUUCACAACUGGAGUCCCUCGAGAAAGCACAUCCAGAGGAUUCCUCUGGGAGAGGCUGAGGGUGCAGCCCUGCAACAGGCAGUUUGGCGACCCACUGGCACCCAAUUAGGGAAGAAGAAAAGCCUGAAGACCCCAUCGAGAGCUAAAACGAGCCCCCCAAAGGUCAAGAGGAAAAAAUCGGUGAAGAAAUCCCCACCGAAGGAGACUACCACCUGUGAAACACCUGAGAAGCAGCUGGAGGUGGUCCCGCAGAUACCUUUCAAUCCUCCAACUGUUCUCCACUGUAAUGAUCUUCCUCCUCUUCCCCAUCAACAACUCAUGGAUAGUCAGAAUCAAUUUCACCCACAGGCUGUCCCCAAUCAACAGAUGUAUCACCCAGAAAUGAAUAUAUCUCAGAAUUGGCCUCUUGAUCUAGUUCAAUCCACUCAGAAUCCGAGUGAGUACCUCCAGAAUCCUGGAAAUCUUCCCCCACCGACUUCCUCGCACCUCCAGGAGCUCUACCCUCAGAACAAUCAGAUUCACCAUCAGUUGGAGCCCCAGAUGAGUCUGGACCAACACAGCAAGCCAGUGAAUAUCUCUGAGGGCUCUUCCAGUUCAAAUUCUUCGACUGAGCCUCAAACGGUUGAUGUCGCCUUAGAAGACACUGUAAUGGCGCCACCAGCAGGUCCUGGGGAAAUUUCUGCAGAGGAUCAGGCUGAAAUGAAUGCCGAGAAGAGGAAGAAGGGAGGAAAAGCGAAGGGUACUCUGGAGACAUCAGUGGAGCUGAGGAACAGGAUGAUUGGUAUGUCCCAGGCUGGAUUAUCAACUCUGUCAAUAGCUCUAGCCAUCAACAGGUCUGAGAGGACUGUCAAGAGGUGGCUGGAGCGCUGGAAGAAAGAGGGAAAUGUCCAGACAAAGGAGAGAAAGGGUAGAAGGAGAAUCACAACGAAGGAGCAGGACGAUGCCAUCAUCGCAAUGGCAACCCAAAAUCCUCUGACAGCUGCCAAACAUGUGGCUCCAGCUCUGGGGCUCAACUGCUCGGUUGAUACGAUCAGGGAGAGGCUUCACAAAGCUGGAAUUCACAGCUGGAAAUUAGGGAAAAAACAGGGCGAGGGCAAUGCUGUUCACACUGUUCAUUUGUGGCAGCCCAGUGGCAACAGGCCCAACAGGCCCAGGAUUCUGAGAAAAAGUACCAGUAAAAAGUCAGUGGGGAAGAAGGGGGUAAGCAGGAGGGCCCCUGCCAAGAGAAAAAUGAGAAAGGAUGAGGGAAAAAGUGUUGAUGUCAGGAGUGAAGAGGGGACUAGGGCUGUGGAGAGUAUUCAGGCUCCUCCAGAAGUUCCUGGAAUUGAGCAGGAACCCAUGCAAUUCCAUGACGAGGGAAUCAGCCCUUACAACCCGAAUUCUAAUGUACUACAGCCUGUCAGUGUUCUCACUCCUUUGACACCCAGCACUUCUCAACAAAUCCAUGUGACACCUGUCAUGAGGCCUGAUUGUCGCAUGGCGACGCAAGUGCCUGCAGGAUAUUCCUCCUGUAUGGUAGGAAAUGGCGGUCACAUGGAACAACCGGAUCCCCUCAAUUAUGAACCGUACAUGUGGAAUUUUUAAGGGCCCACUGAAUUCACUGAUAGAAAUUCAAUUUGAGGAACAAGUUCUUUAAUUAUUUGAGAGUUGUUGAGUUAGAGGAAAUUGAAAUUCAGUUUGUUGUUGGUUUUUUCAAUGUCCCAAUGUUUGGUUUUCGUUAUUAUUGAUAUGCAACAAAAUUGAGGGAAGUGAGACUUCCAUUGUGUUAUCAUUUUGUUGUUUAAUUUCUCAGUUUAACAGUUUAUUUAACUGGAUAUUGAAUAAUGGUGGGAAAAUUUUAUUCAAGACUAUGUGAUUUUUUUUUCAAGUUGUUAAUUAAUUUCUGAUUGAUUUCUACCAGUGCUAUUUCACGUUCCAAUAUAAACUCUCAUUUUUAAUUAAACAUUUUCACUCGAUCUCACGAGCACAUCU